AUGUGGAUCUCUAUCGCACUCACGCUUGUGGCAGUAGUUCUGGCGCUUCUCUGCCGCCUCGUUCCCCGACUGCGACACAACAAGGCCAAGGCUGAGAAGACUGGGCUGCCAGUGUUUUGGACUCCUUGGCCUUCUUAUGGUCUGUUUACCUACCUCAACCUAUUACUCCUCCCAGUAGCCAGCCGAAUCCCGUUCCUCUCCACGUUGAAUUGGGUCAGAUUCCUCGAUCGUGGACUGUCAUGGACCUCUCUCCGCGAGAUGGAAGACAAACAUGGCGAUACCUUCAUGAUCGUCUCUCCAUUCAACAUCACCAUCAAAACUAGCAAUGCUGAACUUACAUCGCAAGUCAUCAGUCGACGAACUGGUUUCAUCAAACCCACUGCUGGAUACAAAGUCGUCGACAUGUACGGGACGAGCCUCCUAACAACUGAGGGAGAUGCAUGGAAACGACAUAAGAAGAUCACGGGACCGGCAUUCUCUGAGAAGAGCAACAGACUUGUAUUUCAGGAGUCUCUAAGACAAACCAUGGGCAUGAUCAAUUUUUGGCAGACUCAAGAGAACAAUAACAACAAGGUCUUCACGGUUGAAAAGCUUGCUGGCGACUCUGCAACACUCAGCUUCAACGUCAUAUGCGCUGCCGGGUUUGGUAUUCCACAGACAUGGCCUCGCGAAAAUGAGACUAUGAUCACGAGAGAGGCAGUUCCUGGAUUCAGUAACGUGCUCCCAGGAGAAGGUCAUACCAUGACCCUUGGGGAAUGUCUUCAGCGUCUAUUGCCUGGUAUUAUCUGGCUUUUCUUAUGCCCCCUCUGGCUACUGAAAUAUUCUCCUUUCAAACCCAUGUACAAGCUUUACAACUGCUACGAGGAGUGCGGCAAGUACUUUGACGAACUCGUGGAAUUGGGAAGAAAGGCAAUAGACCAGGGCGAGAACGGUGGAGAAACCAUGAAUUUGAUUGGCCUGAUGCUUGAAGGUUCCGAAAAAGCACCCCGGAAUUCCAAGUCAUCUGAUUCGAACAACACACAACUAUCCAAAAGCGAGAUCACUGGCAAUGCUUUUAUCUUCAUGUUCGCCGGCCACGAGACUUCCGCGAAUGGCAUCCACUACUCCCUCCUCCUACUCGCUAUGUAUCCCCAUAAACAGCUACGGACACAAGCCGACAUCGAUCGCAUUGUAGGAGACAUGCCGCCGUCAGUAUGGGAUUAUCAAAUACAUAUGCCUCGACUGUACAAUUCCAUGGUUGGCGCCGUACUCAACGAACAGCUUCGCCUCAUCCCUGCCAUCCCCAAUAUCCCCAAGCGUACCGUUGGAGACCAGAAAGUUCAAGUUGAUUUCCGAGAGUUUACUAUUCCCGACAAUACCUUCGUCCACCUAAAUGUCGUAGGAUCAAACCGAAACCCUAGAUACUGGCCCAAAGUCCAGUCUCAUCUCACCGGAAAGGAUAAUGAUAUGGGAGAUUUUGUACCUGAGCGCUGGCUCCCCAAGGACCGGGUUAUCGACAGCGAGAAAAAGGCCAAACACGAAGAUACAAAUGGGUUGAAGACUACAUCAUUCGAGACAUCCUCUUCCGGAUCGCUCGUCAAACCACCCAAUGGCGCAUACAUCCCAUUCUCUCUUGGCCAUCGCGCUUGUCCCGGUCGACGAUUUGCUCAAGUGGAGAUCACUACUGUCCUGUCUGCGAUCUUGCAGAAGUAUACAGUUGAGCUUGAUGUUAGCGAAUGGGCCGAUGAUGAGAAACUUGCGCAGAUGAACAGCGAGCAGAAGCGAAAGCUGUACCAGAAGGCUGUUGCGAAAGCUGAGAAGGUAAUCCACAGAUCUGAGCAGGUCAUUACACUCAAGCUUAAGAAAGGUGACAAGGUGCCAGUCCGAUUUGUCGAGAGGGGUUCAGAGAGAUUUGCUGGCAUUGUAUAA